AAGCAAAACGUCUCCUAGAAAACAGGGCCAGGGCUCAAUCCCCUCCAAAGGCGGGGGCGCGGAGAGAAGCGACCUCUGCUUUCCCGUCCCUCGCCUCAACUCUGCACCCGCUCUACCUAUGGGGUCAAGCCCGGAAGCACCCCGGCUGGAGGGGACGCUCGCGUUCCAGGACAUGGUCCCGCCCACUGCAAGCGCCACCUUGGUAAGGGAUUUCUCCUAGCAGAGGCAAACGCGAACUUAAUGCUUUCUUGAUCAAGAUGAGGUCUUCGAGCCCUGUCUGCCUCGCCACGUUGGGCUAUGUGCCUACGCUUCUCCGCCACAGCCAGAUCGCGACCCUCCUGCACCCAUUCCCACCGAGAUUGCGCCUUAUCUCCCAACCCCAGCUCAUCCCUAAGUAAGAUGGCGGCGAGCGCACUUCCGGCGUGUGUCCUUACGGGUGCGUCCGGGCGGCUGCUUGCAGGUGCCACCCAGCGGGUUCCAGCUUCUUUGCUGCAUAGAUUACAACGGUGAUGGCGGGCAAGCGGUCCGUCUGGAGCCGUGCGGCUCUCCUCCAGCUCCUUCUCGGCGUGAACCUGAUGGUGAUGCCGCCCACCCAGGCGCGGAGUCUGCGCUUCGUUACCUUGCUGUACCGCCAUGGAGACCGUUCACCAGUGAAGACAUAUCCCAAGGACCCCUACCAGGAAGAAGAAUGGCCCCAGGGGUUUGGUCAAUUAACCAAGGAGGGGAUGCUACAGCACUGGGAGCUGGGCCAGGCCCUGCGGCAGCGCUAUCAUGGCUUCCUAAACACCUCUUAUCACCGGCAAGAGGUUUAUGUGCGAAGCACAGACUUUGACCGGACUCUCAUGAGUGCUGAGGCCAACCUGGCUGGACUCUUCCCUCCCAACGGGAUGCAGCGCUUCAACCCGAACAUCUCGUGGCAGCCUAUCCCUGUGCACACUGUGCCCAUCACUGAGGACAGGCUGCUGAAGUUCCCGUUGGGCCCAUGUCCCCGUUAUGAGCAGCUGCAGAAUGAGACCCGGAAGACACCAGAGUAUCAGAAUGAGAGUUCUCGGAAUGCACAAUUUCUGGACAUGGUGGCCAACGAGACAGGGCUUACAGACCUGACACUGGAGACUGUCUGGAAUGUCUAUGACACACUCUUCUGUGAGCAAACGCACGGGCUGCACCUGCCGCCCUGGGCCUCACCCCAAACCAUGCAGCGUCUCAGCCGGCUAAAGGACUUCAGCUUCCGCUUCCUCUUCGGAAUCUACCAGCAGGCGGAGAAGGCCCGGCUUCAGGGGGGAGUCCUGCUGGCUCAGAUAAGGAAGAACCUGACCCUAAUGGCGACCACCUCCCAGCUCCCCAAGCUGCUGGUUUACUCCGCGCACGACACUACCCUGGUUGCCCUGCAAAUGGCACUGGACGUCUACAAUGGCGAACAAGCCCCCUAUGCGUCCUGCCACAUAUUUGAACUGUACCAGGAAGAUUCUGGGAAUUUCUCAGUGGAGAUGUACUUUCGGAACGAGAGUGACAAGGCCCCCUGGCCACUCAGCCUGCCUGGCUGCCCUCACCGCUGCCCACUGCAGGACUUCCUUCACCUCACGGAGCCCGUCGUGCCCAAGGACUGGCAGCAGGAGUGCCAGCUGGCAAGCGGUCCUGCAGACACAGAAGUGAUCGUGGCCUUGGCUGUAUGUGGCUCCAUCCUUUUCCUCCUCAUAGUGCUGCUCCUCACCGUCCUCUUCCGGAUGCAGGCCCAGCCUCCUGGCUACCGCCACGUCGCAGAUGGGGAGGACCAUGCCUGACAACCACUCAGCCCGCUUCCCUCCGCCUCCUAGGGGAGGUGGGCUGGGCCCUCGCUCCUGACUGUUGCUGCUCCCCAGCCCAUGGACGGGAGAUCCUGGGUUGGGCCUCCCUCUGAUGACCCCAGCCAGAUGAGCGAGUGGGGCUCAGCGUGGCCCGUGGUGCCUGUCACUCAGCAUUCCCAUGCCUGAUGUUUACCAAGUGCUGUGUUGGACACUGGCUUUCUCCAAACAGGAUUUCCCUCCUCCACGCUCCCUACACACCUGAGAUGUAAACUGGCCGUCAGUGUUCACUCAGGACCUAGGAUUAGAAAAUGGCAGAGUUGGUGCUGGAUCCACCUUGCGCUUCUAUCAAGUCCCGUUCUUUUUCCUCCAGCCUGGAGUCUUUGGCAAAUAGCUCAGAGGACACGGUCUUGCCUCUCAGUGCUUAUUUUAGUGAGAAAAACAGCAAAUACCAGGGGUACAAAUACUGGCUCCCAAGGAACUGGAUCACCCAACAGCCAGCCAGCCACAUUUCCCUGUGUCUGGCUAGAGCCACCGUUAGACUCAGACAGAAUGCUUCAGGAAUCUUUGUCACCCCUUCAACUGGAGCAGGACGGAAGGGUGUCUGUACUUGGGAGGGAGUGGGGAGUAAUGGGAGGGGAGUCGCUUGUCACAUGGAAUCAGGAAACUGCUCUCCCUCAGCUGGGCUGGGGUCUCCAGGGACCUGAGGUACAUGCAGGUUGUGAGCUGGAAAAGAAAGUUCUAGACUGUGGCCCAGAAUAGGGCUGGGGCAGUUCCCAGAGAAUGAAUAGUGUUGUUUCCUAUUGGACUGAUA